UUUCCUGGUGCCCGCAAGGCCUCAGCAUCCAGAGCAGCUCUUGGCGUGCUCCUUGCAGGAGGAUCACCUCGUCUGAGCUGUUCUCAGAUUACAGACAGUGUUGUUUUGUCUCUGUAUUUUCUUGCACAGUCCUUGGACUGGUGCAAGUGUCCUGUUUUUCCCUUUUUUACUUGCACAGUCUCAGGACUUGUGCAAGUGUCCUGUUUUUCCCCUUUUUACUUGCACAGUCUCAGGACUUGUGCAAGUGUCCUCUUUUUCCCCUUUUUACUUGCACUGUCUCAGGACUUGUGCAAGUGUCCUGUUUUUCCCCUUUUUACUUGCACAGUCUCAGGACUUGUGCAAGUGUCCUGUUUUUCCCCUUUUUACUUGCACAGUCUCAGAACUCGUGCAAGUGCCCUGUUUUACCCCUUUUUUACUUGCACAGUCCGUGGACUGGUGCAAGUGUCUCAUUUUUCCCCUUUUUACUUGCACAGUCUCAGGACUUGUGCAAGUGUCCUGUUUUUCCCCUUUUUACUUGCACAGUCUCAGGACUUGUGCAAGUGUCCUGUUUUUCCCCUUUUUACUUGCACAGUCUCAGGACUUGUGCAAGUGUCCUGUUUUUCUCCUUUUUACUUGCACAGUCUCAGGACUUGUGCAAGUGUCCUGUUUUUCACCUUUUUACUUGCACAGUCCCAGGACUUGUGCAAGUAGGUUUUUUUUCCAUUGUUGUUUCCUGGCCUACGGACUCAAGCAGCCCUGCUCAAAGGAUGGAGCGAGUCCGUAGAGCAGUCAGCAGUGCCUUUUCAUUGGCGGCUUCUCGGAAAGCUUUUCUUCGUUUGGCUGCUCGCCUCAGAGGUGGAAGGAGUCAAGCGCGCACUUCGGUCCCGCUAGGAGAGGAUCUUGCCAGUCAGGACUCCCGGGCCCAGGCAGGAAAGGCGGAGCGGCAGGAGAGCACGGACAGAGUGCAUGGCGCCCAGGAGUUCAGGUGGAAGGAGUUGGCUGCAUGUGAGAGAAAGCACCACUCCUCACUAGAGAGGGCGUCUGAAGUGGCGGCAGCGACAGCGGAGGAAUGGCAGCCUCAGAGGGAUCUGCUGAAGGAAGCGGUUCCUCUGGCCGUGCCAAAGGUUUUCCGCCGGCAGCGGCCAGCCCACAGGGGCCUGGAGAAGCUGCUGCAGGAGUUCUCCUGCCAAGGGCACACCCUGUCCCAGGUGUGCAGAGAGAAGGCAGUGCUGGCACAGGAGAACGCUGCCCUGGAAGCCCGACUGGCAGCCACGGAGCGGGACUUGCGAGGCCUUUCAGAGCAGCUGGCAGAGGCCAGGUCAGAGAAGGAGAGCCUGCAAAGCAGCCUGCUGGAGGCUCAGCAGCACAUAUGGGAGCUGGAGGUGGCCAGGAGCCGUGUGGAAGCCCAAGUGUGCAGGGCCAGGCAGGCCAAGGAGGCGAUACUGGGUGAGAGCCUGGUGUGCUUUGUUUCUGCUGAUGGCCCUGCCCAGUGCAGUGGCUGCGAAGGCAGCUCUGUGCGCAGGGCUUCUGAGCAGUGA